AUGGCAGAAGAUCUGGUGCUGGAUACUGCAAUCAGAGACUGGGUGCUGAUCCCUCUCUCUGUGGUUAUGGUUCUCAUUGGGGUGCUCCGUUAUUUUGUUUCUAAGCUUAUGCACUCUUCUCAAACCCCUGACGCCAAAAUUGUUAAAGAAGGGCAAGUGAUCGUUAGAGCUCGGAAUUUACGUGCUGCGGCGAAUUUUAUUCCUUCCAAGGCUUUUCGUGCUCGCAAAAUUUAUUUUUGUAACGAGGAAAAUGGUCUGUUGUUUGUUCCAAAAGGCCAGGGCCAGAAUCCGCAAGCACAGAUGUUCUCUGAUCCAAACAUGGCCAUGGAUAUGAUGAAGAAAAACCUUUCAAUGAUAAUUCCUCAGACUCUUACUUUUGCUUGGGUGAACUUUUUCUUUUCUGGAUUUGUAGCAGCCAAGAUACCCUUUCCAUUGACACAGAGGUUUAGGUCAAUGCUACAGAACGGAAUAGACCUUAGCACAGUAGAUGUUAGCUAUGUCAGCAGUCGCUCUUGGUACUUCCUCAAUCUGUUUGGAUUAAGAGGAUUCUUUAGUCUCAUCUUGGGUGAAGAAAAUGCUGUAGAUGAUACACAACGUAUGAUGCAAAUGGGUGGAUUUGGAUUUGAUCCUUCAAAGGGUCUAAGUGCUGAGAAAGACAAUCUUGACAUAACCCAGCAUGACUGGGCCUUACCGAAUUUUGAGCAGCGGGCUGAAGCUGUGUUGAGGAAAGUCGUCAGUUAACCAUGUUAUGAUGUAGGAGGCUUAAUUGCUUACAUUUGCUGGAUACUCUCUGGAAAUUCUAUUGUUGCGGUAGGAGCUGUACCUUUUGCAGCAAAAGAUAUCAAAGAUCAUGUUGAGACAAUGAGUGGUCUUGAAACUUGACAUUUUUCAUUUUAUUAUCAGAGAAUGUUGUCACGAUUUUGUUGAAGCUAGAACUGAAAUUAUUCAUUCUUGCUUAUUUUUCUUAAUGCCAUAACCAUAAGACGCAUGAAGGCUUCCCAGGAAAUGUUGAGUUCUGUAAUGUGUUUCAAGACCUAUUCUAUCUGUAUCCACGCUUGGUACCCAUAAGUCCCACUUCCACACUCCUAGAAUUUUUACCCAAAUGUUAAAUACUCAUUUGAAUA